UUUUGUUAAUAAGACAAUCAGUGAAAACAAAAGCCAUUUAAUUUUGAAUAGUUUAAUGUAUUAUUCUACAAUUAACAUAGAUAAAUACCGAAAUAAGGAAAUAAAUAAACACAUAAUAAAGUAGAUACAUUUACUGUUCGUAUUCUAAAUAAGGAUAACCCUCGUAUUACAAAGGCAAAGAAGGUCCUUCUUAAAUUGAAUAAUUACACGGUAAUUAAAAUAGUUCACAAUUGUUAUUAUUGAAAAAUAAUUAUUCAAAAAUGUACCCAUGGAACGGAACAAAACAUAAUUAUGACGUUAGAAAUAUUUGUUUACUACAUAUUUCUACAAAUACAGUAGAUGUGAUGGAUAUACAGUAGAUGUGAAGGAUAUAGCAUAAGGAAACAUGUCGAAAACUUCGCGGAGUUUUGAGCAAGUAUCACAACAUUUUAGGUGUCCGAUACAUCUAGGAAAGUUGAAGGACCCGAGACGGUUACCAUGUGAACAUACAUUAUGUAAGGACUGUUUGAAGGGACUUAUUAAAUCGGCGUUAAAGCGAGAAGACAAAAAUGGAAUGUUUGAGUGUCCAGAGUGCCGUGCAAGUCACCAUAUUCCGAGUAUAGAGACCGAAGAUUGGGCAGAUUGGUUCCCUGUCGACGCCUUCUGUGUCAUACAGUUACAGACCCUAGCCAGGUUCCAGGACUCACAAGUUUGCGAGGUACAUGAAGAUAAAUUUAAGGAAUAUUAUUGCUUUCAUCACCGCGACUUAUUCUGUCCCGACUGUAUCAUAGCAAAGCACACAGUAACCCCAUGUUGCGCUAGAAGCAACCGUGAUGCCACUACUGAAGUCAAAAAACAUAUAAACGACUUACUAGGUCAGCUCAGAUUGCAGGAAGAACACGCUAUAAGAAUUGGCAACUCCAAUGUUGCGGCAGCUCAUACCGAUGACUUACUGCAGAAGGUAUGGGAAGCAGACCAUCUGGUAGACAGAUUUCACAAACAAAUGAAGAAAAAGAUACAAGAAACAAGAGUGCAGAUCGAGAAUGCAACAAAAAUAAAACCUGCAGAUAAAGAUCAUUUAAAAACCACUCAAGCCCUUAUUUCGCAGACAAAGAAGUUGGUGGAUGAUAAAUUGAAGGCAGUCAAUGUUAAAACGCAGGAAGGUCAGCACGAUUUGUUACGUCUCUGGAAACCAUUACAAGAUCAAGUUGACCAUUUUCAAACUGUCCUCACUGCAGUCGAAAAGCGGCCAUUUUGUGUGAAUGUUCAAACGGAUGAUCAGUUCAUAGAGCUGGUGAAUUUAAAUCUUGAUCCAAUAGUGGUCGUCAAUGAGAGUGCUCAAUGGACUCCGCUCAAUCCUACAACGGUCCGAAGAGUCCCAAGUGGAAGUUCAUUUAAUUCUAGACGAUUUCAUAGUAUGAGGGAGAAGGAGAAAAGUGUAAGGCUCAAUGAUAAGUACAGUGCCCAUGUAUCUCCACGUUCAAAUGAUGUAAGCACGAGUUUUCCUAGAUCAAGAGCAAGUUACCGCACCGUCUCUGUACACAAUCAAGCCAUCGAAUCGGCAGUGACUCCUCGACAAUCAAGCCAAUAUCCAAUUCCUGUGAAACAGAAAAUACAAGAGAGAAACCCAACAAUUUUACCUAAGUUGACGGCGGGAAGUCUUACUGCUGGCCAAACGUCGAGGGUAUUCAACAUCAGGUCACUAAGCCUUAAGGGAAUCAGUCAACAGUCCAUAUUUGAGUUUCCAUGCGAAGAUAUCGUCGUAUUAGCUAACAAUAUAAUAACUAUAACUGAAAGAGCUGUUCAGAAGUUUUCCCUCAGGUAUCAGUUCUUGCAGAGUAUGGCAUUGCGCGCGCCUAUAAAGUUGUGUUAUACACGUGACGAAUCUAACAACAUACUCGUGCUAGACAACAGUUGUGGUGUAUCGUUGAUUUCUACACAUCCACGUCUCCAGCUCCUUUACAGAAUCGAGACGGAUAGAGCGUAUACAGGAAUGUGUCACAUGAGAACAACGAUGACGGAGGACCCGUAUGGACGCUGCAUGUAUCAUCUACAUCUCGCGUUAAUGCACGUAUGGAACAGAGAGGACUGCAUCGACGUCAUGGUCGUGACGUAUGAGAAGUUACAAGUCACGUAUGGUCUCAUUGAGGAAAUAACGCUAACACCAGCAAAGGUAAAGACUAUAAGUGGUAGUAACGAUGACCCUUUCCUUAGAAACAUGACCUCAAUCUGCACUGCCCCUGACAAUCGAAAACUUCUCAUCGGAACGGAAGCUGGUGUAAUCUGCAUGAGCAGGAACGGUGACAUCAUAUGGACACUGCCCACGCAAAAUGUCGUCUGCAGUAUUGAUAGCAGACGAGGUUUGGUCUACGCGGCGAUUGAGAAAGAGAAGCGCGUGUUUAUACUGGACCAGCACGGGAAUAUGAUGGUAGAAAAUAUUUUCCCAGCCGCAUCUACGAUUAUAAAGCCGACAAGAGUGUCUGUUGGUAAAACAUCUCUCAUUGUCCGUGAGUUUACUGAUACAGACACUAAUGGGAUGAAGAGCAUGGUCCAUGUCUUCAGUUUAUCAUUUUAAUCAGAAACAAAACAUGCAGACGUUUACAAAUCAUAUUAAUCUGUUUAUUUAAUACAUUUUAUAUUGACUUACUCAAACACCAUGAUACAUUGAACUUUUGAUAUUACAAAUUGUAAUAUGUCAGCUUUUUACUGGACCAUCUCCAUAAGUUGAGCUAGUAGCCCAUCUUACACAUUUAAAGUUUGAGAAUAGGUUGAGGUCAUAAUUACUAUCCCAUAUCAUAUCCAUUUAGGUAUGUACUUAACCAUAACAUUUAUAAAACUAACGUUCUAUUAUAUUUUGAUUUAUUAUUCCUGUCAUGAUAUAGUGUGUCUUAAGGUAAGGUAAAAAAGUGUUAAUCAAAAUUAUUAUAUGAGCGAAUUUCAUUAUUCUGAUUUAUCUAUUAUAAUAUCAUCACAUAUGUUGUUUUUCGUUGUUUUCUU